CACGUCGCUCGGUAGCGCACGUUGAAGUGGACGUACCUGCUGCGUCAUUUGCGCGCCGCUUUGCUGUCGAUGUACUUUUCCCUUAAGCCUAAAGAUAGAUGUUUCGGUUUCACCAGUCUCAGGAUGAAGACUGUACAUUGGAGGAGGAAGAUGAGGGAUUGGUAGAAGAGGAAGAUGAAAUUGACCAGUUCAACGAUGACACCUUUGGAGCUGGGGCCAUUGAUGACGACUGGCAGGAAGAACAUAAACGCCUUGCUGAGCUCGACGAGCGAGAUGGGCUAGGAGCGGGGCUGGUGAUGGGAGGAGAAUCAGAUUUAGGAGGAGCUGAGGACUCUUCCUCUACCAGUCUCCCUUCCUCUGCGGACCAUCUCCCACUCCCAUCCGCCCUCGCUUCACUCAAAUUCUCAUCUUCGUCUGGACUGCCUCCACCAGAUGUGGAGGAUCGAGGAGGAGAUGGUGACUUGGCUGAGUCCCUGGCCAGACUCAUCCUGGAGGCUGACCCAGCUAUUGCUGGGGUCGGUGCAGCUGAGAGGCCAGGUCCAGCUGCCAGCUCUUCAGGAUCCGGCCCGUCUGCUCUGCAGGGGCGUGAUCGACCCAGAGGUCUGCCCCAGCCAUCCUCCAGCCAGCAUCCCCCUGAACCACACCAGCAUCCCCAGCAACAGCUGCCUCCUAGGCCCUCCACUUCAGGCAUUCCUCCUGGCCCUCCUCCCUCCUCCUCCAUGAUCAACUACCAACAGCAGGAACACAUGUUACACAGAGGGGCAGCUCCUAUGGGCCAGAUGAACUCUCACAGCAUCUGGGAGAACAGUAUUGGUUUUGGGCCGGUUAGUGUCACCCCCGGACUGGUUACACACAUGGAGGAUAGUCCACUAAUGUCUAUAAUCAAAGAGGUGGGCCUUCCUAAGCGACCUCCUCAGGGUAGGAAUGAUGAAGGCAGAGAUUUGUCAGAGAGGGUCCCACCUCCACGCUCUUCUUCCCCUGUGAUUGGCUCCCCUCCAGUCAGGGUAGUGCCUAUUGGAACCCCGCCCAAACAACCUAUGAGCCAUGCCCUGAAUCAUCAGAUCCACCAUCCUACGGCGGUUCACGUGAGAGCCCCAGUCCAGCACAGAUACCCUUCUCCUUUUCCUGAACGUCUGUCACCAAACACCCUCCUCAAUAUAGCUAAUUCUCCACUGUGUCGUGGUCCAUUCCCUCCUGGUGUUGGUCCAGUUCUGUCUCAGAUUCAAAGGGCCCAGAUGCUCAACUCUCAGGUGGCAGGUUUUCCCCGCAGUGGUCCAGCACCUUCUUUGCUACUAGGUGGUGGUGGUUUCAGGCCAUUCUUUGGUGGCCCCCCUCCUCCACAUGGUCACCGAAUGGGCCCACCGCCCCCUCAUGGCCUCCCCAACCAAACGCCACCCAUUCGGCACACCCCUACCACUAAAUGUGGCUGCCCUAUUUUCUCUCCACCUGCUUGUAGAGACCGUAGCAGGACUGGAGGGGACCGAUGCAGCAGGGACCCCUAUAGUAACCUAAUGACACAGAAGGAGAAGGAAUGGGUAACCAAGAUCCAAAUGAUGCAGCUCCAAAGUACUGACCCUUACCUGGAUGACUACUACUAUCAGAACUACUAUGAAAAGAUGGAGAAACGUCAGGAAAGAGAAAGAGACAGCAGCAAAAAGGAACACACCACCAAACUCAUCACUCCACAGGUCGCCAAAGUAGAACACACCUACAGACCAGUUCAGUUUGCUGGUUCUUUGGGGAAACUGACAGUCUCCAGCGUCAACAACCCCCGCAAGAUGAUUGAUGCUGUGGUGACAACUCGAACAGAUGACGAGGAGAAAAGAGAGAAGCAGGUUUGGAAUAAGAGGCGACAGAUCCUCUACACUGUGGAGAAGAUGUACAGUUUGCUGCUGGAGGUUCAAGACUUUGAGAAGCGUUUUGUCCUGGCACCAGAGGAAGACAGAGAGGCUCUGCUGGAGCAGCAUAAAACCAACACCAUGCAGCUGUGCAACUCUCUGCAGGAGAAGGAGUGGGAUGACAGAGUGAGUGAUGAGCAGUGUGUGAUGAUCAUGUCCGUGAGGAAGGGCAAGCGGCUGAUUGCCAGGCUUCUCCCCUUUCUUCCCGCAUCCCAGGCUGCCGCAGUUGUCAUGGCAAUUGCCCGCAACCUUCCUGCCCUGGUCAAGAAGGACAAGCAGGACCAGGUGCUGUGCUGGUUAGUGGAGCCAGUGUCUGCAGUGAUCCAGUCGUUGUCGAGCUCCACACUCACAGACUUGCUCCAGGAGCUGCAAGGCAACGAGGGCCAACUGGCCAAAGUACUGCACAACAAGUUUGGUGUGACACUGUUGUAUCUGAUCCUGAGUGAGGGAGAGAGGAUGCAGAGCUCCGACCCUAAUUGUCAACUCAUGGACGACAAUCGAUGGACCGAGUUAGUGUUUUCGGUGACGAGGGAGCUGCUCACCGUUCCCUCUUCGUCCCUCUCUCCUCCCCUCUUCACCCCUCCCAACCUGCUCUCCCUCUUCUCCCGCUACGUCGAUCGACAAAGCCUCGUGCAGUUACAGGACAAGCUACAGAUCUCUGCUUUGUCCAGGUAGAAGUUACUACAGACAUCACCAUCACACACCCCCCCACCCUCCACAUUCGAUGCAGAACUUUCUCUUUGUGUCAGAAAAGUGAAUGGUGUCUGCGCGUGCUCUUGAGGUGAAUCCACGAUGGAUCAUUUUAAUCCAGCAGAAUCUUCAGUCACUGUUUUUCCUUGUUUUAGUCUUGUAUGUGUGUGCACAAUGUGUGUGUGUGUGUGUGUGUGUGUGUGUGUGAUCUUGAGGUGAAUCUAUGAUGGAUCGUUUUAAUCCAGCAGAAUCUCUAGUCACUUUGUUUUUCUGUGUUUAGUCUGGUGUGUGAGAGAGAAUGAGAGACAGUCUGAGUGACAAUAAAAAUUAAAUCUGCAUUUUUAAAUAUCUUGUUUAUGACAUGCUUGAACCUUCAAAUUAAAAAGUAUUUCUAUUAUAUACAA